GUACCCCCUCCUACCAUCCCUCCAACCCAUCUUUAUAGCCCACUCUCCUCUUUUACUCCGUCAUCAGAUCUCCUAUGAAACAGCAGGGAACGAUGGAGACAUCUCAACUGCUCCUUCUGCUCUGUGUGUGGGCGCUCAGCAGCCUGUCCCGGCAAUCAGAGGUGGAUGAACAGUGUCCAGAUAGGAUUCUGGGUAAUGAGAAGAAGCAAACAUGCCCUAAAAAGUGCCAGCAAGAUGAUGAUUGUGGCAACAAGCGCCAGUGUUUAUGCGAUGGACCAUGCGGACUCAGCUGUGUGGCUCCAGCUCGGACAUGUCCGUGGCCUCUUCCUGCUGGUGAACACUUCGAUGUGACUCUCCUUUCACCAUCUCCUUCCUUCUCUGCUCUUAUGGAAGUGCGUUGUCAUCCUGGGUACACCAUGGCCGAUGGCUGGCAUGCUGUUAUCCGCCGCUGCCAAGGUGACCGUCAAUGGAGUGGUGAUGAACCUGAGUGUACAGGUGGAAGUGCUGAAACAGAGCCUGAAUCUAAACCGUCUUGCCCUUUGCCUGAUCACGAGUUGCUGUUGAUUCGUGGCAGUGCUGCUGUAGGCUCCUCUGUAGAGUACCAGUGUUCUCCUGGAUCUGUGCUGGUUGGAAACAGUGAAAAUUUCUGUCACAAGAACCAGACGUGGCAUUACCCGCACCCCAUCUGUCAACGUGUGUUUUGUCCGCCACCACAGGAGGUCAAUCAAGGCUACUUGGUGGCUGUGCAGAAAUCUGAAUAUAACGUAGGCGACUCCAUCUAUUACCUUUGCAAAAAGACCUUCCUCCUGGAUGGGCCGAACCAAGUUACUUGUCAGUUAGAUGGCACAUGGAGUACGAUACCUUUCUGCCGAGCUCCCUGUGAAAUCCCUGCACAGCAUAGCAGAGUGAUAGUAGGCGGGGUUAAGAGCUGGCCCUUUGACUUGACCAACGGGAUGGUCAGUCAUGGCGAGAAUGUAACAUUCUUCUGCAAGCAUUCACAAAAGUCUUGCAGUUUCACAGCCACAGAGACCUGCUUUGAUGGAUUGCUCAAUGCUCCCAGCUGCUACCUUGACCCCACCUGGUUGCAGUAUAAACUUUUCUCUCACCGACUGGUAUCAGAGAUUGCUCCAUGUGAUCCCACUGACCUGGAUUCCACCUCCGAGUGAAGUUCUUGUACAGGCCACACAUUCUAACAACACGCUACUUCAACACACAUAAACUUCAUGCUAUCUGUUACACCAGUUCUAAGAUGUAGCUAAUUUUACACUUGUUUUAUGUAGAGGAAUUGAAAUAUCUAAAGCCUUUUUGCUGUGCUGUGCUUCAUACAGAGCAAAGUUCAGGAAACUAAUCAGAAUGCUGUUUUAGGGUCCAUUGAAUACAGUUCAUAGUUCACCCACAGGGAGCUAAACAGACUUCAUUGAGCCAUUCAGAUCAUUUUGAUUAAAACAGAAAUAUAUUUUAAGUCGACAGAUUAAAGAAAAACAAGCAUAUAGAUGUAUUACAGUUAUAAUUGAACAUACAUUUAACUGCACGGACAAGGUUAUCUUAAACUGAACGGUUGAAAUGUAUGUAUGUUGUAUAUUAGAUGCUGUAUAAUUGUUUUGAAAAUGUUUUAUAAUUGCUAAAAGAUAUGUCAAAUGAUUAGCAAGCCUGCUUUUUUCUUAACCAUUCAUACCUCUGUCUGUGUGCAAAGAUGCAAAGAUUAGCACAACAUUUCAUUUCAUGAUCAAAAAACACUUUUCAAUAAACCGAAACUCUGAGCAUUGUUUCCAUUCUAACAGAAAUGUUCCAAUCAGACCACGAUAUGA